AUGGAGCUGAAGGUUAGAAAGCAAGAGUUUGUGCCGUUUGUGGCAAUGGUGAUUAUGGAGGCAUGCACAAUUGCUCUUACAAUAAUGGCCAAAACGGCUUUAACAGGAGGGAUGAGUCCUUUUGUGUUCGUUGUUUACACAAACGCUUUGGGAUCUAUUCUUCUUCUUCCUUUUUCUUUCUUCUUCCACAGGAAUGAUAGAACUGAAGAAUCUAUCUUUUCUUGGCCACUCCUUGUUCGUGUUUUCUUUCUAGGUUUCACCGGGGUGUUUCUGUUCCAAAACUUGGCAUUCGUGGGACUAAGCUUCAGCUCACCCAUAGUGGUAUGCGCAAUGGGAUUACUCAUUCCUUCCUUCUCCUUCUUGCUCAAUCUCAUUCUCGGAAGGAGCAAGUUGGAUUGGAAAACCACGAGCACGAGGGCUAAAGUGAUGGGAACAAUAAUUUCAUUAAGUGGAGCAUUUGUUGAAGAGUUGUACAAAGGUCCCUUCAUCAGACCAGCUUCGUCUCCUUCCCCAAACCGUCUUCUUAAAUCAAUUCCUAAACUCUUGGUCUACUACAAUCUUCCCGACAAUUGGUUCCUUGGUUGUAUCUUUUUGGCCGCAGCUGUAUUUUCUGUCUCCCUCUUCAAUGUUGUUCAGACAGGGACGGUCAAAAAGUAUCCACACGUUAUGAAAGUGGCUUCGUUUUACAGCAUAGUCGGGACGGUCCAAUGUCUAAUCUUCUCACUGUAUAUGGAACGAGACCUAAGUGCAUGGAAGAUCGAACCUAACUUCGAUUUUUUCCUCAUUAUCGCCACGGGCAUAUUCGGAAGUGUGAUACGAACAAGCGUACACGUAAAGUGCACCCGAUCGAAAGGACCAUAUUACGUACCAUUAUUCAAACCUUUUGGUAUCUUUUGGGCAACACUCUUUGGUACCAGCUUCUUCGUCAACAGUCUUCACUACGGCAGUGUGUUAGGAGCAGCCAUAGGUGGCGUUGGAUACUACACAGUAUCUUGGGGACAAUUGAAGGAAACUGAAGAAAAACAAUAUCCAAAGGAAGAACGAAAACCCAUAAAAACUUUCCAUCAUCAAGAAGAAGAAUACAAAGUUCCAUUGCUUAUUAGUCAAGAAGAAAGUCCUGUGUGAAUUUUGUAUUAUAUAUACAUUUUUUUCUUAAUAGAAGAAAAGGAGGGUCGCUUAAAUAUUUUUUGGCCCUUUAUUUCUGUUGCUUGUAUAAGAAAAAUGCGUGUGUGAAUGUGUUAAGUCGUCAGUGUCAUAUGGGAGGUUGCUGAAGUAGGCUUUUUGGUCCGAAAAGCACCACCCCCAAUGUAAAUACAUGUCUCUGCUGGAUAUAUAGAGCUCUUCAGACUUGAUUAUGUUAUUUUGUAUUGAAGAUUCUGCGAAUCAUGGAUCGAUUGUAUUCCCGCUAUUAAAUCAAUUUGCUACAUGUCUUAGUUUUUUUUGGUUUGUUGUAAAGACUCUAAAAAUCAAUGGUUUGGUCUUCUUAAAAC